AUGGGUUCAAAGAGUGUUUCAUGCAUUAUUAUUGUCAUCUUUUUUCUAAACAUCUUCUUCUCUGCUAGUCUCAGCUCUGCCCAAGUGCCAACAUCAAAGAGUUGUCCUGAUUUACGUGUUUGUGUUAAUGUGUUGAAAGAUUUGGUGUCUAUUAUAAUUGGCGCUCCACAGUGCAAGCCAUGUUGCCCCUUUAUCGCUGGGCUUAUCGAUGUUGAAGCUCAUGUGUGCCUUUGCACAGCUAUCAAAGCUGAUAUUUUGGGAAUAGACAUUAAUAUUCCCAUAAAAGUUUUACUCAAUGUAUGUGGACGAAAGGUCCCUGACGGUCCUAUAUGUUAA